GUAUAACGGAAACGAAAGACAAAAUAACAAACAUAAUGCGAAGAAUAAUUUAUGAACUAUCUGUACUUUACCGUUUUUUAAAGCCGAAACAAAAUAACAAUUAUUUUCUCCGAUAACAGUAUUUGUUAUAUACGAAGAGUCAAAAGGCUUACUCACACAGAAUAUUUACCCGAACACCGUACAGCUUCAGCGACUCUUUUAAAUAGCAGCGAACUGCCGACACUAUUCAGAAGUUAGUUUAAAUUGCUCAUUACCACUUUGUUUCCGCUUUAGCAAGAAUAAAAUCGAAAUUAUAUAACUUUCGUACUUCUGAUUGAAAUUACGCAGCAUAACGAAAAUGAUUAUAUUCCCAAUACUGUUGGCCGUUGUGCUGGGACUUGUGGGUUACGUAAUGUAUAGUCUGCGCCAAUCUGUAACUUAUUGGCAGGAACGUGGCAUACCAUGCGAAGAGCCGGAUCCCCAAUUUGGAAAUACAGUUGGUUUGUUCAGUACACGUAGCUUUGCUGAUAUUUGGAUGCACACCUAUAAAAAAUUCAAAGGCAGCGGACCUUUUUGUGGAUUUUAUUGGGGCCGUGCUGCUCAUGCGUUUGUGUUAACACCAGAGCUGGCCAAGCUGGUGCUCAUAAAGGAUUUUAAUAAAUUCGCUGAUCGCGGAUUUUACAGCAAUCCAAAGCACGAUCCGCUAUCCGGACAACUUUUCAUGAUGGAUGGUCACAAAUGGCGUAGCAUGCGUUCUAAGAUUUCGCCAACAUUCACCUCCGGUAAGAUGAAGAUCAUGUAUCCGGUGGUUGUGCGUGUUGGGGAGGAGCUUACAAAUGUAUUUGCGAAAAUGCAACAGGAGGAUCCUGUGAUUGAGGUGAAAGACGUCUUGGCCCGUUUCACUACCGAUGUGAUUGGUACCUGUGCUUUCGGUAUUGAAUGCAAUAGCUUGAAGAAUCCAAAUUCGGAAUUUCUCGUGAUGGGCCGCAGAGCUUUAACCGAUAUUCGGUUGAAUCCGAUAGCUGGGUUUUUAUUGACCUCAUUCCCCAACAUAGCCAGAUUCCUAGGUGUGAAAUUGACGCCAGAUGACCUCAUCGAAUUCUAUAUGCGUAUUGUGCGCGAGAAUAUCGAAUAUCGUGAAAAGAAUAAUAUCAGGUGUAACGACUUCUUUGGUAUGUUGCUGGAUUUGAAGAACAACAAGUUGUUGAAAUCCGAAGAUGGCCAGAAUAUUAGCAUCACUGUAGAGGAAUUGGCAGCGCAGGCUUUUGUGUUUCUGAGAGCCGGUUACGAGACUUCAUCAACUACACUAUCGUUUGCACUCUACGAAUUGGCACAACAUCAAGAUAUACAGGAACGUGCGCGGCAGGAAGUUUUAGAGGUGCUCGAGCGCCACAAUGGCGAACUCACCUAUGAAUGCAUGAGCGAAAUGGUUUACUUAAACCAAGUCAUAUCGGAGACCUUGCGUAUGUAUACGGUGCUGCCAGUAUUGAAUCGCAAGUGCUUGGAGGACUAUCCGGUGCCGGGCCAUCCCAAAUAUGUGAUUAAGAAAGACAUAAGAGUACUGAUACCUGUGGGUGCCAUGCAUCGCGAUCCCGAUCUAUACCCCAACCCAGAUGUUUUCAAUCCCGAUAACUUUGCACCAGAAAAAGAGGCCACACGCGACAGCAUUGAGUUCUUAGCUUUCGGAGAAGGUCCACGUAACUGCAUUGGCAUGCGCUUUGGGAAGAUGCAAGUGCGCAUUGGUUUGGCGUGUUUACUGAAGAAUUUCAGGUUUAACGUAUGUGACAAAACACCCAUACCAAUGAUAUACGAUACGAGAAGCUUCACGGUUAGUUCCAAAUCUGGCAUACAUCUGCGUGUGGACAAAGUUUGAUUGUUUUAGACUUAAGAAUUGCCUUGAAUACCUCAAUUGACACCUCUUUGAUGAAUAUGUAUGUGAUUUUAUAAUAAAACUAUUAUAAUAAUGAUUGAAAACAAUAGAACAAGUGAAUUUAGUGGAGACAAA